UGCUGGCUAUCAACAUACCUUUUUGAAUGUCCUUGCCUACAUGGACUGAUAAGGCGCGUGCCUUUCUGUCCCUGUACACCACGCGGGGCUUCUGUUCUCGCUUUAAGCUACUCGGGUUCGGGUGACUUCUGAGGUCACGUGGAGUUGUUCGCCACGCAAGUCUGGGUCCUUCUGCGAUCGAUGGGGUCCUCGCUGCCUCAGAGCCACUCAUAAGCUGCCUGUUCGCGCGAGAGUUUAGAGGGGCGGGCUUGGGGUCAUUCCCUGGUGGGGGCUUGCACAGCUGUGCCUCUGAACCAGUUGGGUGCCUAUUUAGGUGCGGGAACCUGGAUUAGGCGGCUGCCUAGGGUACCCCUAGCGUGGAAAGCGCAGAAGGGGUCUGGAGAAACCUGGACAGCCCCUCUCUCCUGCAGCCAGGUGCUAGGGUUGGGAGCCACCGAGGCCAAAGUGAGAGUCCAGCCGUCUUCCAGCGCCUGGGCCACGGCGGCGGCCCUGGGAGCCGAGGUGGAGCGACCCCAUUAUGCUAAAGAUGAAAGGCUGGGGUUGGCUGGCACUGCUUCUGGGAGCCCUGCUGGGAACUGCUUCAGCUCGAAGGAGCCAGGAUCUACACUGUGGAGCUUGCAGGGCUCUGGUGGAUGAACUAGAGUGGGAAAUUGCUCAGGUGGAUCCCAAGAAGACCAUUCAGAUGGGAUCUUUCCGGAUUAAUCCAGAUGGCAGCCAGUCAGUGGUGGAGGUACCUUAUGCCCGCUCAGAGGCCCACCUCACAGAGCUGCUAGAGGAGGUAUGUGACCGCAUGAAGGAAUAUGGGGAACAGAUUGAUCCAUCCACCCACCGCAAGAACUACGUUCGUGUUGUGGGCCGGAAUGGAGAAUCCAGUGAACUGGACCUACAAGGCAUCCGAAUUGAUUCAGAUAUCAGUGGCACACUCAAGUUUGCGUGUGAGAGCAUUGUGGAGGAAUAUGAGGAUGAACUUAUUGAAUUCUUUUCCCGAGAGGCUGACAAUGUUAAAGACAAACUUUGCAGUAAGCGAACAGAUCUAUGUGACCAUGCCCUUCACAUAUCUCAUGAUGAGCUAUGAACCACUGGAGCAGCCCAGACCAGCUUGAUGGAUCACCCCACAAGGGGAAGAUGGUGGCAUUGCUUUUUAUAUUAUGUUUUUAUGGAAAUGAACUGAAAAAAAUACGAAACCAAAAGUUCAAACUGUGUUGUCUUUUCAUGUCCAGGAUUGGCCCUUACCUUAGGCUUGAAGAUAGGGGUUUGCAGGCAAUAAAGAAAAUGGAGAGGAUGAAUUAGGGAGUUGACAUAGCCCAACCAUUAAUUCUUUUGCUUUCUGGGAUGCUGUUCCACUUAUAGACUAGAUAAUUAGAGCUGGGUUUGAUGACACAUGCCUAUAAUCUCAGCAACUCAGCUGAGGCAGGAGGAUCACAAAUUCAAGGCCAGCCUUAGCAAUUUAGUGAGAUCUCAAACUAAAAAACAGAAAGGGUUGGGAUGUAGCUCAGAGGUUAAGCACCCCUUGGUUAAAUCCCCAGUACCAAUAAAUAAAUAAACUAGAUAAUAGAUAAGCAUUUAUUCAGUGUACACUCAAUACAAUGUGUUUAAAGUCUAAUAAUGGAGAAAAGAGGAAUAUCUAUGUAUAAGCAAGGGAAUGUAAAUAACUGUAUGAUAGUGUAGACUUCUAGAAAUUCCUUGUAUUCAUGCUGAUAAAAUAUAAAGACAGGGCUUAGUCUUAAAGGAAA